GAAGGAAGGGGGAAGAGGAGGGGAGAGGUGCAGCCGGUUGUGCAUUGGUGCAAGAGGUGUCUAAGGUUGGAAAGAGCGUGCACCAACAGCGAGGAGAAGGGAGGAGGCGCCAAAGUGUUUUAUUUUUGUCGUAACACCCAAGGUUUGGUGAAGGAAGGGGGCAGAGGAAGAGGAGAGUUGCAGCCGGUUGUGCAUUGGUGCAAGAGGUGUCUAAGGUUGGAAAGAGCGUGCACCAACAGCGGGGAGAAGAGAACAGGGGCAUAAGUUUGUUUUUUUCCAGCGAGGAAGUCGUGUCUCCCCCAGUGGUAGCAGAGGAGGAGGAGGGAAGAAUCGCAGCCCUCCGUGCAUGGGUGCAGAAGGUGCCCGAGGUUGGAAAGAGGGUGCAUGAACUGUGCCAGGUUGCAUUCGGCCCUUCCGACCCAUGCUGUGCCAUGAUGAAGAAGAAGCAGCCGCUGGCGGAAGAGGCCGGGACUCUGCUCCAGCCCGAGUAUUUGUCCAAAGUGGAGGAGGAGGAGGUGGUGGACGAUGAGGAAAAGGAGAGGGAGAAGAAGGUGGCCGCCUUGCCUCCCGAGGCCGAGCUCGGCCGGCCCCGCAAUGGUUUGCAAACUUUGCAACAGCAGCAGCAGCAGCAGCAGCAGCAGCAGCCACACAGAGGUUGCAAGAGGAGGAACAGCCUCAACUCUGGCUUCAAGCACCCUGGCUUCAAGCGGAGGCGCCGGGCAGCGUCCGACUGCGACCCCGUCCUGCCCAGCAACUUCUUGCUGGGGGGCAACAUCUUCGACCCGCUCAACCUCAACAGCCUGAUGGACGAGGAGGUGAACCGGGCUCUCAACGCCGAGACGCCCAAGUCGUCGCCGCUGCCCUGCCGCAACCGCGACCCGGUGGAGAUCCUGGUCCCCCGGGACAUCACCGACCCGCUCUGCCUCAACCGCGAGUCCGAGGUGUUGCCCUCCCCGCUCAAGCUGGGCCGCAAGAGGAGGCAUCGGCAUUGCCACCACCCGGCGGCCGAGGACGUGGGGGCGGCGGCGGCGGCUGCAAUAACCACAACAGCAACUGUAGCAAUUGCAACAAUUGCAACAAUUGCAACAACUGCAGCAGCAGCAGCAACUGCAACAACAGCAACAACAACAGCAACAGUGGCUGGAGCUGGAAUCGAACCCGAGCCCUACGAGCUCAACACAGCCAUCAACUGCAGGGAUGAGAUUGUGUCGCCUGUACUGAGGGGGGCUGAGCAGGGAGGAGGUGGUGGUGGAGGUGGUGGAGGGGGUCGGCACCGCAAGAGGAGGCGGACUUGCAGCAAGUCAGAGCCGGGCAAGGUCCACCCUCACCCCGAGGAUGAAGGGGAAGGGAAGAAAGUGACGCCGGAGAAGGAGAAGGGCAAAGGAGGGGGAGGAGGGGGCUGGAAGGCCAAGAUGCCCCCCACUUUCCCCAGCAAGCAGCGCCGCUUCCAGUACGGCAACUACAGCAAGUACUACGGCUACCGCAACCCCGGCCGCUGCGACGACCCCCGCCUCGACGUCUUCAAAGCCGCCUGGUUCGCCGGCAAGGACAUCCUCGACCUGGGCUGCAACUCCGGCCACCUGACCCUCAGCAUCGCCAAGGACCUCAAGCCGUCCCGCAUCGUGGGCGUGGACAUCGACGGCGGCCUGGUCCACUCGGCCCGGCAGAACAUCCGCCACUUCUUGUCCGAGGAUGUGCUGCCCUCCCGGCCGCAGCACGCCCACUUCCCCGUGUCGCUGGCCAAGUGUAAGGGGCCCAUCGCAGCCCCGCCUGUCGCCCUCGACCGCCGGCUGCCCCACUUCCCCAACAACGUCACCUUCGUCCAGGGAAACUAUGUGCUGGAGAAGGACGAGUUACUGGAGACCCAGAGGCCCGAGUACGACGUCAUCCUGUGUCUGAGCCUCACAAAAUGGAUCCAUCUCAACUGGGGUGACGAGGGGCUGAAGCGAAUGUUCAAACGCAUCUUCAGACAUCUGAGGCCCGGCGGUAUCUUCAUCCUCGAGCCUCAGCCCUGGUCUUCCUAUGGGAAACGGCGGAAACUUACGGAGACAAUCUACAGGAAUUACUAUAAGAUCAUCUUAAAACCAGAACAGUUUACGUCUUACCUUUUGUCCCCAGAAGUUGGAUUUUCCAGUUAUGAGCUGGUGGGAACUCCUGAAAGCACAUCUAAAGGGUUCCAACGCCCCGUUUACCUCUUUCACAAGAACCGUCGGCCCACUGCGAGCUAAGACUUCCAAAGCCAGUUUCUGGCUGCUCUUUCUGUUUUUUUCUUUUGUUCAUCGGUGGCUCCUUUCCUCACCAUCUCCUCUUUUCAAAGCCAAUGGAAAACUGCUGGGAAUGUGUCAUCCGUCAAGCACUGCCUUUUGGUUGUUUUAAGUUGACAUGCUGUUGUUUCGAUCGAUCUGCUUCAUAAGGCUCACAAAUGUGUGUGUGUGUGUGUGUGUAUAUAUUAAAAUAAAAGAAGCAGUUUGGGGUAUUUGCUGGGGAGUCAUGGACGGGGAAGGUGUUGGAACAUUUGAGGAUUGUCAGCGUUCACAGUUAUAUUCCCUCGUUAAAUUCCCCUUUUGGGCGUGUGCUCAGCUUGAGAUGUUGGAGGAAGGAAUAUAGACUAAAUUCAGACUUAUGUUGCAGUUGAAACAAUGGGUCAUCUUCCCCUGUGGACAUGAGAAGCAAUUUCCCCUUCCCCUUCACCUUCCAGUGUGUGUUGGCUGCCUCCCUCCUGCGACCUGUCAGCCUCGGCCCCUCUGGGAGAAGCAACAUCUUUAGCUUGCGUAGUUGACCAUGCAGUAUUUUGGGGGUUUAGUCUGCAGUCUUAACCAGUGGCGGACUGGGUCUAAAAAUAUUGGUUGCCAGGAGACCAAGGGGGCCCCACUUCAUCAGGGGCCCACAAGCUGACACCCUGGCCAUUCCGCCACUGGCCUUAACCUUGGGCCAUCCCGCCGUGCUUGACAGCCAGUGGCGCAAGUUUAACUCUAGGUAAACCCUCAUCCGAACUACUUCAGGCUAGUUAAAAAUGUUCAUGGAUAAAAUUUGGAUACUAAUGCCCUCAGGCUCAUCAGGCCAAUUGUGGGCGUUGCACUGAAAUAACCCUCUAAUUCAAAAUAACUCUUUAUAAAAAUUAAAAAUAGUAAAGGAAUGUAUUCUAUCUUCCUUUCACAUCUUCCACAACUCCAAUAUUUAACAGUGUCCAUCUGUUGAGCACUCAAAUUCUUCGUGUGUGUGUGUGGGGGGGGGGUGGAAUUGGCAGAGCCCAGGUUUUCUAAGGAGUGGCCAAAAUGUAGUUCUCUCCCACCAAAUGCACCCUGAAAGGGUUAACUCCUCUGGUACAUGUCCGUGCUGGCAGUUUGAUGUAACUCCCUAUUUUAAAGAGGCAGCAUGUGGGGAAAGUUCAUUUAGUCAACGGGACAUUAAAGGCAUGUUCUUGCUGUGUUACUGGGCAAGGACUUGCAUGUACAAGUGGUUUCCCCAGUCUCUUCACUGUUGAGUGGGACAAAUGCUCUAGACAAUGCCACUAAAGACUUGCCUCGGUGGGGCUGAACUGUUUAAAUUUAAGUCUCCUGCCAUUAUUUACAAUUUAAAAAAAAUUGGGGUUUAAUUCACCAGAUUAAUUGCUUGACCAACUGCUUGGGACUGUGUACCAGGGGAGUUUUAUUCUUGAGGAAUGACUUCCUGUGUAAUCUGGUCGUAAUGCUGUAAAAACAAAUGCAGAAUAAAUGCAUGUUAUUGUCUCCCAGCACCCUCUUUCCCCUCUCCACCAUCGAGAUCAAGUUGGACGAGCAGGAUUUUGGAGAGAUGACCCAUCAUUUGUUGCUAUGCAUUGUAAAUAUCUUGCAGUACAGUCUGGGAACUGUAAGGGGUUUGUAACCUGGUGGGGCCCUUCUUGCUUUUGGCAUGAGUAACACAUUCUGACUGUUUUUUAACCCUCCUAUGCUCCUGAUCAACGAGUCUGCUGGUUUUGGGGAAUCCAGAUGCUUGCUUGUGUUAUACAGUAGAAAUCUCUUAGGGGGGGGGGGGUGAAAGCUUAUGGCCUUGUCAGCAUGUGGACUCCAGGAUCCUAGGAGAGUUAGCCAUUUUAUUGUGCUGUACAAACAUCUUUCUCCCUCUCUCCCCUCCCCCUCUCCCCCCCAUUGGUAGACCAGUACAAGUACAAACCAGGGCUAUCUAUACAUCUCGUUACCCUGGGGCACUUCUCAGUUUCUAGAUCUAAUUGCAAAAUCCACCUGCUCAGCAAUCUUCAGGGCUUACCAUAGUCUGUUCCCUCCACUUCCAGCCAGGGUCAGUGUUUGUAUCCGGGCACAGACAGCUCUGGAUAAAACGACCUGACGUAGGUGUCAAAGGGCCAUAGUGUACUAUUCUGUGCUUUGUCUAGUCUAGAUCACCACCCUUGCCCUUCACGGGGCUGCCAUUUCCAAAUGUGCGUGUACUUCAGUACAUGUAUGUUUUGUCCAGUGAUUGGAUUGAGACUUCUGGCUUGUAUAUUUCCCCCCAAAUGUCGUCUGUUUAUGGGGCAGCUGAGUGGUUCUAUACUGUAUGCUUUUGGAUUACUGACUUGCAUUCCUGUUUGACACGGUGGACAAGUUUCAUCUCUUAAAAACUUAACCUGACAUAGAAAGAACCAUCUUGGUGAAAAAUUGGUCUAUUACAAAUAGAAUGAUCACGUAUUAAUUUUGAUAACGUGUCCUUUUGACUCAGUUUUAAGCCACAGUCCGUCACAUAGCUUGAAGCUCUCCUCUCAGCUAGGCAACUGCAAUACUUUUCCUGGUCAGUCCUUGUUUUGUUUCCCAACCCUGUUCCAUGGACAAAAGACAAUGGUGCUUCUGAAGAACUGUGGCUGCCUUAAGACCCAGGUCACAACAUCCGCUUCAGUGAGGUGAAUUGAUCAAUUUAAAACAGACCAAGCCUCUAGGUGAAUUGUACUGGUCUACGGGGUACAUUAAACCAUGGCUUCUAAAAGAGGUGCUUUUUUCUCUCUCUCUCUCUCUCUCCAGCUAUUUACCAGCUCCAUAAGAUUUUCUUCAAUAUGAUAAAUUGUAUAUUUGACAACUGGUUCAUGCAGCUUCCAAAUAGGGAGGGUGGGGGGCAACUGUGUACAUGUCUGCAUUAUUAUUGGGGGGGGGGGGGGGUAUAAAAGUGCAAAUAAACUUGAGAUUCUAGAUUUUUAAGAAAAGUAAAAAUGUUGUCUUUGAUAAAAAGUUUCAGGAAAAAAAAAGUCAUUUGUGAAUUUUUUUGUAAAAAAAUAAAAUGCUGCAAAAAUCCAAUGUCAAACAUACAUCAAGUGUCAUAACAAUAAAGGAAGAGUGUUAAACAGG